AUGGAUAUCGUGAAGUGUAAUAACUGUAACAUAGUUAUUUGUGAGCUAUUGGCUUUUGUGCAAAAUAAAGCUGAUGUAAUGGAUGAAGACAGUAUACUUCGUCUGUGUUCUACUGCGUUCACGACUGAUGAAAUCACACAGGCGAAAAAAUUACUUUUCGAGUCUGUACAAACUACAACUCGAAGGGUACAUAGAAAAGGUGAAGGAAAAAGUAAGCGAGAUAUGGAAGAUAUUCUAUGUGUGAUCAAAGAAACAGACCCUGAUUUGGUACCUAUUUUUGUGGCAAGGGACUUACAUCGUCUUCCCCCGGUCACAUUUGACCAUAUAGAUGCCACGAGAUUGUUAAGGGACAUUAUUAAACUGCAAGAUAAUGUGUUGUUUAUAAAAGAAAACUAUGCUACAAAAGAAAUGGUUUUAAAUCAAACUUCGGAGAUAUAUGGAAACAAAAAGAGAGGGGCUGCUAUUUUACAAGACAGUUUUGAUUGCAAUAGUAGUCCAGUUGGUCUUCCGCAUAUUUCAACGGAAGAAUUUCAAACCGAUUCAACGGAUAUCAUUCAUACUUCUUGCAUUGACAACACAAAGACUCAACGCCCGGUGGCUCACUUACUGUCAUCUGAUUCGCUCGCACGCAAGGUAACAUGUCAUAGUGGCCUCUCACUUUCGCGUCCAACUGAGCGGCUGAGCGGAGAAAACGGUUCUGGAGGUAGGCGAUCGGCGGUGUCGCCUGUACGUGUAACAUCGCGCCCGGCGAGAACCGAGGUGAGUCAGCCUAGCAGCAACUCAUAUGCUGAGGCGGCUGCGCGCGCGCCUCGGGCUUCGGAGGUAGCAGGUUCGAGUACUAGUGCGAGUAAUGGGAAAAUUUGCAAAAAUGAUGACUGGGUCCUGGUGCAACGAAGGCGUAAUAAGAACAGAUUUACUGCAAUGACGGGAAAAGCGGAUAGUCAUUACAAUACAUUUAAAGCGGCAAAUACGAGAAUACCGUUUUAUAUAUAUAAUGUUGAUAUUAAUUGCAUGACGGAAGAUAUUUCUAAUUAUAUUAUGAGCAAGACCGGUGUUGACGUGCAAUUAGAGAAAGUAAAUAUGAAAUUUAAAAAAGAUUACGGAGGGUACAAGUUUAUGAUACCUAAGGAUAAAUUAUCGAUAUUUAUGGAUGAGAAUUUAUGGCCUUGUGGGGUAUCUUACCGCAG